AUGUGCAACAGUUUUAAAAUUUUGUUCAACCAAGACACUCGUUGGGCGCAUAUCGAAAGACGACCGCGGCAUUUGCGUUGUAGUGAUUUUACUUUUGCUUCAUUUUACUUAGAAUUUUAUCUGCCGAAGGAAUACAAAAUGCACUUGAAGCGUUGGAAUAUAAAAAAAUUAACCCUUUACGGCUGUGGAUUAUUGAUUCUGUAUAUUUUAAUCGCGAGUAGAUAUCGCAAGUAUAAGAUUGAUGCGAUGAUUGGCAAUAGUAAACCGGAAGAGGUCUGGGAGUAUGUGGCAGAUUUUAGUAAAAUGCGUUCACUCAAUCCGACUAUCUUGGACUUCAAAAUUAUCGCCGACAAUGGACAUGCACAUGAAUGGCGUUACACAGUCGUAUACACGGAGCGUUUAUCGCACUGGCCCUAUUGGUUGAAUACGGCGAAAGCAGAUUAUAUUGUUACUAAGACUAUGCCAGGAGUGGAGCCCGCCAUUUAUGCGAUCGAGUCCAAUCACAAGACUUGCUUCUUCAAAGGCACCUAUUGUUUACACUCGACAAGCGAAUUUAAAUGCACCGCCGCCGGCAAGGACACCUAUUGCAGCGAACAUAUACAGUAUCAGUGUCCACCAUUUCUGAGUGAAGCCUGUCGUCGCGAAUUAGAAUAUCAGCGCCAAGCAGUUAUGCACAAUUUGACUGCAAUUUUCAGUAAAAACAAAUAUUCCAACUAACGAAUUUCAAUUCAUUUACGUAUUCCAUUUAUUUCAAUCACUUCGAGUUCGGCAAAUAUUUCAAUCUAAACAUUUGAUUUUAAUUUACACUGACUGGAGUGUAAACACAUAUGUAAAUUUAAAAUUUUAAAACUCAAUAAUAAAACUAAUUUAAUAUAUUUAUGUAUUUAGUUUCUAUAUGAAUGUAUCUAAAAUUUUCAAUUAAAAUGUUUUCAUAUGUAUAUGUUAAUACAUAUGUAUGUACGUAUAUGCAUAUGGAGAUACAUGCAUACAUACAUAUGUAGCCUACACCGGCCAAUGUUUUAAAACUUGUACUCAACAGUUACAUAUGUAUGUAUUGUACUGACGAUGGGGUAUUUCAAAAUUCCAUGCAAUGUGUUGUCGCUACUUUGAACUAAUCGUGUUCGUAUCUCUUUCAAUUAGAUUCUAAUAAUUAUAAAAAUCUGUGUGCAUUUACGAUAGAAUUGAAUAAAGGUACAUUAAAACUG